UUCCUAUUUAACUUGCGAAACGCACACUAAAAAAACUUCUCACAUUACAGUAAAUAAAAUUCAGAAUCUAAACGCGUAAGAAAACAUUAUCAGCUAAUCUAGACACAUCAAUUUAGUCUGUUGACAUUUCAAAGUAUUUAAUUCACCAUUCUAAUGUUUAAAACAUCUUAUAUUCCAUGUAAUAAGCUCCCUUUUUAUCGAAAGUGUUUUUUUUCUUUGAGUGUGCGUAAAACGUAAGUAUUGUGAGGUACUUCUGAUUAGCGUGUUGUUUUUGUUGUCAAUUAUUCUUCACAGUCUGAAAUCAGUUUUGUCAAUUUGCUCCUUGUUAUUGUUUUUAUCCGGUGAAAAUGGACGGGUAAGUUUAUUAAAAAUUUACUAUGAAAUUUAAGACAAUUAGUUUAUCUUAAUGUAGGGUUUAUUUUUACAGUUCGUACGGACCGGAAGAAUACCUUGAGGAAGAAGAUGGUUAUCAAGACGGCAACCCACUCGAAGGUACCAGCAACAUCGACUCCAGUGCUGGUGGAAAUGUUGACGAUACGGACAUGCCAUCAGUACAUCAGACAGCGACUCAGGAAAUGAACUUUGACAUUGAGUUUUCUGGAUCGGAUGAUGAAGGAGUGCAGUCAAAAUUCUGCUUCAAUGGGAUCUAUGUUCAGCGUUUAUAUAAAAGCCAGCUGCGGCCAAAGGAAGUAACCCAAACACUUGUGAAUGGGAAUUCACUCGAGGAGAUACUUCAAUGCAUUUGGAAACAAGCUUGCAAACUGGUACGUCGACAGGUGAUCUUCGAAGAAGAAAUUCCUCACUGGUCGGAAAAACAAGAUCCAGAAUUUGAGGACAUCGAUAAAUUCGUUUCGCUACAAGAUACGGUGAAGAAAAAGAUCUAUGCAACAUCACGUAUCACACCACGGCUGCUGGUGUCAUGGAGGAGCAAAUCUAUUAAGAUAUUCGUGUAUGCUUAUUCCACGAAUAUUGAAUCAUUAGGUCAGUAUCAAUUAGUAAUGCGAAGAUUGAUUGCACCUCAAAACCCUGACCGCUCAGGGGCGCAUUCAACUAGGGAUGACUCAGUAUUAGCUAGUGAGCUACGAAGCAGUCAUUCCCACAUUGAGGGACACUUCAGUUCCUGGAUGCUGUGGGCAAACUUGAUCAAUUCAGCUCCAGCCCACAACCGUGAUCGAAUGUUGCAAGCUGAAUCUCCUCCUAUCGAGUUGUCCAAAUACUUUCGCUGGACUGGUGUCUCGGAAGCGGCUCGACUACAAUCUGUUCAUCGGAGUAUGGUUGCUGCCCAAACAAAUAAUGAUGCAUGGUGCCGUGAUAUGACUGAUCUUUCGAAUGACUUAAACAUGGCUCUUAAUAUCUUGCAAGGAAUGAAACAGAAAAUAGACAGCAUGUCCGCCAGAGGAUCGGUGAAUUCUGAACUAUUUACAGCGAUGGAAUCGGUUACGCGACCGGAAGAAUCAAACCUUAGUCGUGAGAUAGCCGAGAAGGUGACUGAUUGCGAGGAUGUGGAUCAUGCGGGAUGAUUAUGAAAAUAAGCCCGUUGUGUGGAAUUAUCACAUGUACUCUUUUUUUUUAUCAAAAUAUAACAAAUAUAACAAUGCAACUGUUUUAAACAUUCCUUUUAUUCAUCAAAUAUACGACUGC